AUGCAGGAGGAUAAGAGCAAGGAGAAGUUUACAGAGAUGCCUUUAUGCCUUAUCAUCGAGAAGUACAAGAACGCCCCUGGCGGGAAGCAAUUUGUGCAGGAUAUCUUGAAGAGUCAGACUGGACGAAAGCAUCCUCAGUCUGAGGACAAAAACAUGAGAAUUUACAAGGUCUUUGAUUGCAUCGCGAACAGCAGUGCCUUGGUACAUCUACAGAGCUUAUGA